AUGGAGCAGCCCACCGAAGGCCAAACAACGCCCUUCGCCUUCACAUCUCACCAGACGGCCCUCUGCCUAAUCCCACCACGAGAUAUCUGGCCAGAUGCGGACCGCUUAAGAUGUCUUUACGACAAGGCUUAUGGCGCAUGGCCUCCUCAUAUCAAUGUCAUCUACCCCUUCGUGCGACCAGAGGUCCUUUCGGACGCCGCCGACAUCCUCAGUCAACUCGCGCUUAGCCAGCAUCACCACCGCCGCAUCAAGUUGGGUACAGGCGACGCCUUUAUUCGCAAGCACCAUAAUACCAUAUUUCUCCGUCCAGACCAUGGACCCGAUACUGCCGCGCUCUCGCAGCUCAGGGACGAGAUAUGCGAUGCCCUUGACCAGCCUCGUGGGCGUGACUAUCGCCCACACAUGACCAUUGGCCAAAGUGACGACGCUCUCGCGGCGCCGCACCACUUCCUUAUCGAAAAAGUCCGUCUGCUCAGUCCGCUAGCUUGGGAUUUGGGUCAAAUUGCGCUCCUCACCCGCGAUGCCACUCAUUCGGGGGGCGAAGGUCCCCGACCAAUGAUGCUAUGGGCCACCUUGGACCUCUCAUCGCAACUCCUCACCCGGUUCCAACCCCCUCAACACUUCUAUGAGUCGCCGGGGAUUGUAUUUAAGUCUGGUGACCUGUCCCUUACUCCCAAGGCAACCGCUCAGCCGUCAUUUCAAUGCAUUUCCGGGACCUGGCAGGCAACGGCGAUGUCUCCAAUUGUAGGCGACGCCCAGCUUGUCUUGGAUAACCUCAUCGUUGCAUCCUACAACGUUCUGGCCGAGUUUGAGUGGCCUCCCAACUCAAACCGGUAUCCAGGUCUUGUGGAUAACUUGCUCUCCAGUCGUGCCGCCGCCGAUGUCCUGGUGCUCCAAGAAGUCACCGACCACUUCCUGCCCUUCCUGCUCGCUAACAAAGACAUCCGCCUUCGAUAUCCAUUUGCCACACAUGGACCCCCUGGCCAGCCCAAUAUUGGUCCCCUUCCUAGUCUGCUCAAUGUGGUAGUUCUGAGCAAAUUCCCACUCCAAUGGGAGCAUCUACCCUUUCAAAGAAAACAUAAAGGUUGCGCUGUCGUCCAGUUUCCCACCAUCGGUACACGCGAUUCGAACGAUCGAUUUCGGCCCUGGGUGCUCACUGCCUGCCAUCUGAGCCAGGGUCUUACCGACGGUGCUGUUGUUGCAAAAAUGAAGGAGGUGCAACGAAUGCUUGACCAUCUAUCAAUCCAUUAUGCACAGCAUCCCUGGAUCCUAGCCGGCGACUUCAACUUGGCCACGUCAUCUUACACUGUGGACGCUGCCAGAAAGAAGCAGGAUAUCACCUCCAAUACGGUCCAAUAUCUCCACGAUAUUGACAUGAUUUUGUCAAAUGCAGGCUUCCAGGACACCUGGCUGACCACUCGACUUGAGUCGGGGGAGUCAUCUGACGUGGUGACCGACUACCAGAGCGCUGCAGACGCCUAUGAAGGGGAGCAGGGUGCAACAUUCAAUCCUUUUGUCAACAGCCUGGCCGCCAAAUUGGUUGGAACCGGUCUGAAUAAUCGCCCCCAGAGAUAUGAUAGGAUCCUCAUCAAACCGAACAAUCAAUAUCGCCCACAAGGAUUCAACAUGUUUGGUCAGACACCAUCUGGACAAUCUGAUGGGGAUGAGCCGUCAUAUGCCAGCGAUCAUUGGGGGGUUCGGUGCUUACUUGUACGCGCUUCGGUAGAGGACGACACGAAGGAAUCUGUCCUGCCGGAAACAAAGGUUCACUUGCGAAAAGCGCCGCCCGGUCUUCACAACCUCGAUGAUCUGAAGCGGUGCUUGGACCGUCAUGGCUGCUUGCCAACUGAAGUCGAUGGAGCUGGACGGAAACAUGCGCUCCUCGUUCUGGAAAACGCCCUGUUAGAUGCAGAUAGGCCUGGUGCACAGGCUGAUUCGCGAUCAGGUCUAGUUUUGACCAUAGUUCCGGUCGGCUCAUAUGGCCUUGGAGUUUGGACAGAUGCCUCGGACAUUGAUUGCCUCUGUAUUGGGUCCAUCAGCUCCAAGACGUUCUUUUUAUUGGCUCUCCAGAGACUCAGAAAGGCAGCCUCAGAAGGAAUCAAGGUCCUUCGACGGGUUAAGGCGAACUCCGGAUACAUGUUGGAACUGGAGGUUUGUGGUAUCAAGGUGGAUCUACAAUACUGCGCUGCAACAUCUAUUGCAGAGAGGUGGUCGGAAAUCAUGAAGAGACCGUCGACUGAUCCAGUUUUUGCUCUUCCCCUACAAGCUCUAGUAAAGCUGAAACCUGCACGGGACCUCAUCUACCUCCGUAGAUCUAUUCCUGACAUGGGGCAAUAUCGACUUGCCCAUCUCUUUAUCAAAGCAUGGGCCAGGUCCCGGGGUAUCUACGCUGCCAAGUUUGGAUUUCUAGGGGGUAUUCAUAUCUCUGUCCUACUUGUGCCUGUUUGCAAGAUGCUAGCGUGCCACGGGGAAACCGUUACUGCAUCUGAUAUCAUAGUCACAUUUUUUCACCACUAUGCAGUUUUCGAUUGGAAAAGCCAAAUGGUGUUUGACCCAUUUUUCCACAAAGGGGUAAGGUACAACCGGACCUUCAGAGAGCCGCUCUGCCUGCUCGGCUGGCAUACCCCGUCGCUGAACACUGCCGUGAAUGCUUCUGUUCCCACAGUCAAUGCGAUCGCUGAGGAGUUUAGCCGAGCAAAGGAUCUCCUAUUGACGGAUAGCUUGACCUGGGACAGCCUUCUAAGCGGGGGCAUCAAGAACGAUGCGGGACUGCAUCAGCCUACUGGCCAGGGAGCUGCCGAGUUCCUGCAGGCGUAUCGAAGCUACGUAAAGAUUGAUGCGCACUACUGGGGCCCAUCGCCGGAGAAGGGCAGCCGAUUUAUCGGUUGGUUAGAGUCACGCUGUGUGAUGCUUUUAGUUGAUAUCGAUAGGAAGCUCAAGGGCAUUCUAGCACGAAUCUGGCCGGCCAGAUUUGUGGACGGGUCUUCUGCUGCGAUAGAUAUCUCAGUCGCAGAAUAUCAUGGAUGCUAUCUGGUGGGCUUGGGGUGGGAUGGAGCCGAGUCGACCAAGGAACAGGCCAAACUUGCACACGCGUCACUCCAGACUGUUCUGCAGGAGUUUGAAACCAGGAUUCGUCGCGACGAAAAGUACUUCGACUGCCAAUCUUGCUGGAUGAGCACGUCGCUCGUCCGAGCCCAUGACCUCGACGGUCUCGGACUUGAUCAAAGUCGUUGGGGAGAGGAUGUCGGCGACAGCGAGGACGAUGACUCAGAGGACGACAUGGAUGCAGAUGACGAUGAUGUUGAUGCAGAGCAGCCGCCUCGUGGAGCCGAAGGAAGGCUGAACAAGAAGGCGGCAGCGCAGGGUUCCAAAACACCAACGCCCAUCAAAGCGCCGGGGCUGGGCAAGUUUCGGACGGCAGCCGACGUGCUCAAUAGGCUCCGAUGGGACGGCAGCCUAGACAUCAACGACUACGUUGUUGGAUACGAGGACCGGUUCACUGGUGCUCAAGAGAAAGCGGUUGGCCAGUGGAAGAGUGAGCAAACGGAUGAGGAAUUCAUCCCGCAGCACCGGAUCCUCUACUUCAAACGCAAGUCUGACGGAACGAUUAUGUGGGAACGAAGGAGCCGGAUUGACGACAUAUUUGGCAGUGGGAUUAAGGCCGAUGGAUGA